ACAGAGCCACAGAUUGCUGAGCAGUCAACAGCAUUUCUUGUUCCAAGAUCACCCUUCUGAGUACCUCUCUGGCUGCCAAAUUGCCAGGGCCUUCACAGUUUGAUUCCAUUUCUCAGCUCCAAGCAUUAGGUAAACCCACCAAGCUAGGAUUGCACCGGUCCUGUGAUGGCGUUUGACGUCAGCUGCUUCUUUUGGGUGGUGCUGUUUUCUGCUGGCUGUAAAGUCAUCACCUCCUUGGAUCAGAUGUGCGUUGAGAAAGAAGCCAACAAAACGUAUAAUUGUGAAAAUUUAGGUCUCAGUGAAAUCCCUGACACUCUACCAAACACAACAGAAUUUUUGGAAUUCAGCUUUAAUUUUUUGCCUACAAUUCACAAUAGAACCUUCAGCAGACUCAUGAAUCUUACCUUUUUGGAUUUAACUAGGUGCCAGAUUAACUGGAUACACGAAGACACUUUUCAAAGCCAUCAUCAAUUGAGCACACUUGUGUUAACUGGAAAUCCCCUGAUAUUCAUGGCAGAAACAUCGCUUAAUGGGCCCAAGUCACUGAAGCAUCUUUUCUUAAUCCAAACGGGAAUAUCCAAUCUUGAGUUUAUUCCAGUGCACAAUCUGGAAAACUUGGAAAGCUUGUAUCUUGGAAGCAACCAUAUUUCCUCCAUUAAGUUCCCCAAAGACUUCCCAGCACGGAAUCUGAAAGUACUAGAUUUUCAGAAUAAUGCUAUACACCACCUCUCUAGAGAAGACAUGAGGUCUCUGGAGCAGGCCACCAACCUAAGUCUGAACUUCAAUGGCAAUAAUGUUAAAGGUAUUGAGCUUGGGGCUUUUGAUUCAACAGUCUUCCAAAGUUUGAACUUUGGAGGAACUCCAAAUUUGUCUGUUAUAUUCAAUGGUCUGCAGAACUCUACUACUCAGUCUCUCUGGCUGGGAACAUUUGAGGACAUUGGUGAUGAAGACAUUAGUUCAGCCAUGCUCAAGGGACUCUGUGAAAUGUCUGUUGAGAGCCUCAACCUGCAGAAACACCACUUCUCUGACAUCUCAUCCACCACAUUUCAGUGCUUCACCCAAAUCCAGGAAUUGGAUCUGACAGCAACUCACUUGAAAGGGCUACCCUCUGGGAUUAAGGGUCUGAACUUGCUCAAGAAAUUAGUUCUCAGUGUAAAUCAUUUUGACCAAUUGUGUCAAAUCAGUGCUGCCAAUUUCCCCUCCCUUACACACCUCUACAUCAGAGGCAACGUGAAGAAACUUGACCUUGGUGUUGGCUGCUUGGAGAAACUAGGAAACCUUCAGACACUUGAUUUAAGCCAUAAUGACAUAGAGGCUUCUGACUGCUGCAGUCUGCAACUCAAAAACCUGUCCCACUUGCACACUUUAAACCUGAGCCACAAUGAGCCUCUUGGUCUCCAGAGUCAGGCAUUCAAAGAAUGUCCUCAGCUAGAACUCCUCGAUUUGGCGUUUACCCGCUUACACAUUAAUGCUCCACAAAGUCCCUUCCAAAACCUCCAUUUCCUUCAGGUUCUGAAUCUCACUUACUGCUUCCUUGAUACCAGCAAUCAGCAUCUUCUAGCAGGUCUACCAGUUCUCCGGCAUCUCAACUUAAAAGGGAAUCACUUUCAAGAUGGGACUAUCACGAGGACCAACCUACUUCAGACCAUGGACAGCUUGGAGGUUCUGAUUUUAUCCUCCUGUGGUCUCCUCUCUAUAGACCGGCAAGCAUUCCACAGCUUGGGAAAAAUGAGCCACGUAGACUUAAGCCACAACAGCCUGACAUGCGACAGCAUUGAUUCUCUUAGCCAUCUUAAGGGAAUCUACCUCAAUCUGGCUGCCAACAACAUUAACAUCAUCUCACCCCAUCUCCUCCCCAUCUUGUCCCAGCAGAGCACCAUUAAUUUAAGUCAUAACCCCCUGGACUGCACUUGCUCGAAUAUUCAUUUCUUAACAUGGUACAAAGAAAACCUGCACAAACUUGAAGGCUUGGAGGAGACCACGUGUGCAAACCCGCCAUCUCUAAGGGGAGUUAAGCUAUCUGAUGUCAAGCUGUCCUGUGGGAUUACAGCCAUAGGCAUUUUCUUUCUUAUAGUAUUUUUAUUAUUGUUGGCUAUUCUGCUGUUUUUUGCAGUUAAAUACCUUCUCAGGUGGAAAUACCAACACAUUUAGUGCUGAAAGUUUCCAGAGAAAGCAAAUAAAUGUGCUUAGCAAAAUUGCUCUAAGUGAAGGAACUGGCAUCUGCUGUUGACCAGAUCAGACUUUUCAGAUUGCUUCCUGGAGCUGGGCAGGGACUCACUGUGCUUUUCUGGGCUUCUUACUCCUGUGAGUCCCAGAGCUAAAGAACCUUCUAGGCAAGUACAUACACCAAACCACUCAGGCCAGAGGGUCAGAUGCUGCUGUGAGAGGCACAGAGCCCUUUCCGCAUGUGGAAGAGUGGGAGGAAGCAGAGGGAGGGGCUGGGCAAGGACUGCUGGCCCCGGAGUCUCCCACAGGGAGGCCAUUCCCCUUCUAGUCACCGACAUCCCUCCCAGCACCACACACCCCGCCCCUGAAAGGAGAUCUUCAGCCCCCACAAUUUGGCAGAGCUGAAGCCAGCCCGCUACCCACCCCCCCUACAGCAUUGUGCUUGGGUCUGGGUUCUCAGUAAUGUAGCCAUUUGAGAAACUUAGUUGGGGACAAAGUGUCAAUCCUUAUUUUAAAUGAAAAAAGAAAAGCAUAAUAAAUUUAAAAGAAAAGUCUGAGAAAUGAAACUUGGUAUCAAAUUGACUCCAUUAAUCUUCUUAAUCCUUAGGUCUGUAAGGUCUCUGUAAUGCCCCUAGGGUGCGAAUGGCUGUAAAAAAAAGAACCCACCCCCAAGGUUUAGAAUUUCUUCCACAUUUGCCUCACUCAGUUCAGGAACCAGGCAGGCUCUCUCUGCCUAUCUGAUGUUCUGGCUCUUAUGUUACAGAUCCUAAUUUGCAGGUGGGCUGUGACCCAAAAUGCUCUUCUCAUUUGGGCAUCUGGUUCCUAGAAGCCUCUUUUCCAGGAGAACUGUGAAAUAAAUGGUGGUUUGGUUCUCAGGCUCGCCCUUAAAAGCCUAUUUGCUCCGGAGAGCAUUUGAAAUAGCACCUUUACAUGAAAAUGAGGAAGAAGACAUCCCUUCAUGCUAGCUGUUGGGAACACAGUAAAGCUGGCUUAGUGAGAAGUGGUUUCUGUUGAGGCUGGGGAUGUCACCAAAGAUCACACCAGCAAUGGACAGGGGCCUGGACCACUGAAUGCAGAUAGACAAAGAGCAAUGUCAUGACUUAGGCCUAAAGGGCCAUACUCACACAGGCCUCUAUCUUCUGAAGUCCUGAUUGCCAGACAAGCUUGGCAGGAGCUCCUGGACUCAAGUGGUGCAUUGAUAAGGCCUGGAUUCUGUUCAAUAGCCAAUUUUAGGGUAGAGAUAGAGAUGGUGACUUAUAGUUAUGAAAUUCUGAUAAGCUAACAAAGUAAAAAUGGAUCUAACCAAUCAGAAUAUAUUAGUCCUUAAAUUGAGGGCAUACUAGUGGGACAUCAUAACAGAGUGGAAACUUGGGGGUCAUCCUCUUUGUCUCUUCACCCCCAGGAAAAGCAGGGCAGGCAGGGAACAGCAGUGGGUGAACCUCUUCCUUGCUCAGGGAUUUCAGGCCUUCACACUUGCUCUUUCCUUUGCCUGGAAGAUACUGCCAUUAACCUCCAAAUGACUCCUUCCUUCAUCUCCUUGAGAUUUCAGUGCUAAUAUUUUCUCCUUUCAGGGAGUUCUUCUCUGACCUAGCUAAUCCAAAGCAACCUCUAUGCCUCACCUGGUUUUAUAAUCUUUAUAAUGCUUAUCAGUGUUUGGAAUUAACUUCUUCAUUUGUUUUAAUUAGUUUGUCUUGUCUUGUCUCUCCCAAAUACAAGUGCCAUGGGAGGGUCUUUGCCCAAAGAUACCCUAGAACAUGCCUGGGACAUAGUAAGGACUCUCUGUCUCUCUCUCUGCAUAUGUGUGCAUAUAUAUAUAUAUAUAUAUAAAUUUUUUUUUUUGGAGACCGAGUCUUGCUCUGUCACCCAGGCUGGAGUGCUAUGGUGCGAUCUUGGCUCGCUGUAACCUCUGCCUCCCAGGUUCCAGCGAUUCUCCUGCCUCAGCCUCCUGAGUAGCUGGGAUUACAGGUGCCCACAACCAUGCCUGGCUAAUUUUUGUAUUUUUAGUAGAGAUGGGGUUUCACCAUGUUGGCCAGGCUGGUCUUGAACUCCUGACCUCAAGUGAUGUGCCCGCCUUGGCCUCCCAAAGUGCUGGGAUUACAGGUGAGAGCCAUCGUGCCCGGCCAAGACUCAAUAUAUUUUUAAUAUGUGCUGAUCCCUGAGCCUUUAUUAGCUCCUAGUUCUGCCACCAUGCCCAUGCCGCUGACUCUUAGCUCCUGACCUCUCCACGCUUUCCUGGGCCUCCCACAUGUUUUUCACUGGCAUCUCCUAGGGAAGUUUUUACAAAAUGGAUUCCCAGGCCUCACCCCCAGUUACUGAGAUUCUGUUGGACUGAGGUUGGCUCAGGGUUCCCAGCCAAAUGAUUCCAUGUAAAAUGUGGAAGGUCCAAACUCUAAGAAUCCAGUUUUAGACAGCACCAACCCAUUGAGUCCCUGCAUAUUCUGUCACAGGUAAGCUCUUUCUUGCCUUAGGGAUUUAAGCUGCAGAUGGAAAAUACUAAUUGCUGGUUUACCAACCCAUAGACAUACUGCCCUCCAUAAUAUUUAAUAUGUAACUUGGAAAAACGAAACAAUUCUGUAGAAAAUCUCUGAUGUGAAUUACAUCACACUAACAAUGAAAGGGGCCCAGGCCUUAGCAAAGCAUAAUUGCCCAUCCUGCUUUCACUUCUCAGGCCCGCUCCCUUCCAUGCGAUGCAGCUUGCAGCUCCGUAACUGAUCUAAGGCGUUGUGACAGCUCCUCUGUUUUAAGCAACAGUAAAUUCACCCCACAAAGUCAGGAAGGGAGCUUUUUGAUGGCUGCUGUCAAUUUUAUUGCUUUAUCCUGUUUACUAGGAUAGAAUCUGUAACAUGGUGUGUUUAUUGGUUUUAUGUAUUGCAUGUUGUUGCUGCUCUGACAAGCUACUCCUAUAAAAAUGUGUUAUUAUUGCAUGAUGUAGCUCAGUGAGCUGACCCUGCAUUUCAAAGGGUACUGAAGCAAAUAGCAUUGAAGUCCAUAAAAGCUGACUGGCCUCCAUCACAGAGGACUCUCUGCAUGAGCUGCAACUCCUACAACCCAGGAGAGAAUUACACCUUUCCCUGUGCCAGCAGCCACUGCUUAGUACAGCACAGCCCUUGAACACAGUCACUAUCUGUAAAAUUCCAAGACAGAAAACUCUCAUGCUAUUCUUAUUUGUCCAACUCUCCAAUCAGUGUUGUUUGCAAUUUUGAUGUUUAUAAAAGUAUGAAACAAA